AGAGCUCAGUAUGAAAAGCGAAUCAGCCGGCCAGCAUUACAUCAUUUUCUCUCACACGAAAGAGCAUGGCUUUUCUCUCUCCUCUCGGCAUAAAUACGUUCCCUUUUACAAUCCAAUCCCAAAAGAAUGGUUCUCAUUUGCAUCUGGCAACAACCCAUCAAAGAAAACCAAGUGCGCUUAAAACUCUCAAAAUCCCCAUUCCCAGAAACCAUGUAUUAAAUUUGAACACUAUGAUCCCCUUGAGGGCCCUGCAGACCCCAGAAGAAUCAUCAGGGAUUUCAGGAGUUGUAUCAGGCUUGCUUGAUCCCAUUGGAGCUUCAAUACCAACUUGGGAAUCAGCCAUUGUGUGCAAUUUGUUGAUAUUUCUGGUGGGCUUUCCAAUUCUUGUAUCUGGGUUGUCUGCUUCUGGUAUUGGGGCUGCUUUUUUGCUUGGAGUUUUGACUUGGAGGGCAUUUGGGGCCUCUGGGUUCUUGCUAGUUGCCAUCUAUUUCAUCAUUGGCACAGCCGCAACAAAGUUGAAGAUUGCGCAAAAGGAGGCUCAAGGAGUGGCUGAGCAAAGGAGAGGAAGAAGGGGCCCUGGUAGUGUUAUUGGUUCUAGUGCUGCUGGAUGCUUUUGUGCAUUUCUGUCAAUCUACGGGAUUGGUGGAUCACAACUUUCUGCACUUUGGCAACUUGGGUUUGUGGCAAGUUUUUGUACAAAGCUGAGUGAUACUGUUUCCAGUGAGAUUGGGAAGGCUUAUGGCAAAACAACGUAUCUGGUGACGACAUUGAAGGUAGUCCCAAAAGGAACGGAAGGAGCUGUGAGCUUCGAAGGGACCGUUGCUGGAUUCAUAGCUUCUGUUAUUCUUGCCAGCAUCAGUUGUUUCUUGGGCAAGAUACAUGUGGCAGAAGUAGUCAUAUGUGUGAUAGCUUCUCAGGUUGCAAACUUUGGGGAGAGUCUGAUUGGUGCUGCCUUGCAAGAAAAGGAGGGCUUCAAAUGGCUUAACAACGAUGCAGUUAAUGUUAUCAACAUCUCAAUGGGCAGUGCCCUAGCCAUUCUUAUGCAACAAUUGGUGCUUCAGAUCUAAGACCUGCCAAGUGGUAGGCUUAUUUUGCACCUUUCGGGUUCGCGGGCACUGUUUUCUUCAGAAAUAUAUGAUUAUAUAGGCAUAUAUUCAUGAAGAUUCUGAGGAAUUUAUCUGGAAAUUUAUUGAUGAAUUCAACUUUAAAUUUGCGGUGGUUUGCCUCCAGGGGGUUGGAGCUGAUUUCAAGUUUAGAACUUACUUUUUUGGUGAUCUCCAAAAUGGUAUUAAUUUAUUGGCAUUGUAUAUAACUAUGAGACGUUUAUCUUUAUUACAAGAGGUUAAAACUACUCCUAGUCAUGUUAAAUUGGAUGGCUUAGGGCAUAUCACAAAGGUAGAGGAAUUUGUUUUCUAACUUUUGACUCAGGCUAGUUACACACUUACAACUACUCGAUUUGAAAUCCGACAGAUAUCAAUGAUUGUGACU